CGAAGGCUUGGAGUAGAGGGCAACGUGGUAGACGAAGGAGCAAAACGAAGAUGGCGACACUGGUACUGAGGAAUUGGAACAAGAAGAUGAACGCACAUCGUGCACGCCUGUUGGAAAUUGAUCGGAAAAGAGAGAGAGAGACGGGUGGGGGCGCAGAGAAGGGAAAGAAUGGGUAACCUUUUAUUUGGUGUAAAUGGUGACCCGGGGGUAAAGAAUGGGUAAAUGGUGACCCGGGGUACACAUAGCAUUUUCCUUCCUAAAUAUACAAAUCGAGAUCAAAGGCGUUUCGCUAUCGAUUCCUUUUUCCCUCGCCACAAACAAGCUCUGGCUAUGGCGGCUUCUUCCGAAUCCGGAUGUAGCAGCAAAGUCAGAUGUUAUUACGAAACUCGAGUUUUCACACCUGAGAACGUCGACGAUGAAGACCCAGAUUCCUCCUUUAAAGCAGCCCACCCCAUCGCCGCCGCAGCAGCAUCUCCAGGUACGGCAUCCUCUUCAUCCGUUUUGUUCAAGGUGCAGAGCAUCCUGAGAUUAAGCGUGGCAGGAGGAAAUCCUAUGACGGAGUUCCUGGAGGAGAAUGAUUGGCGGGAAGCAAGGCAGUCAUCCCUUGAGCUUCCUUGCUCUAAAGACGGAAUCAUUAUAGAUGAUAAGGAUAAUCUAAAAAUAAUAUCUGAAGCGCUUACCGCCCUUAGGGUUCUCAAAGUCUCUCACCAGUCGAUUAUGGACCAACUUCGCCAGGGGGCUGCUUCUCUGGGGUUAUCUCCCAAGUUCGUGGUGGAAAUCUGCGAGGUGACCCACGUCACACUCCCCCUUAUAGACGAAGAAGGAAAACGAUUCAUGGAAGAAGGUGAAACAGUCCUCAUUCCUCAUGAUGGUGAUGAUGAAGGCGAAUCAGUCCUCAUUCCUGAGAAUGGUGAUGAUGAAGGCCAAGCAGUCCUCAUUCCUGAUAAUGAUUAUGAGGAAAAGAAAAAAAAAGAAGAACUUGAAUCUCUAUUUGCUCUCAAGAUAUUAAUUUUGGACCUAGGAGACAUUAAUGAGAAUGAUGAGGCAGCCAAAAUAAAUGAUUGGUUCUCAAAAUUCAUUAAUGCUCUUUGUAGAGUUGCCUGGCCAGAGGAGGAGGAGCAAUAUGAGCAAGAGGAGGAAGGGGAAGGGGACAGGGAAGGAGACGGGGAGGAGGAAGAGGAAGGGGAAGGGGAAGGGGAAGAAGAAGAGUGGGUUUGCCCCAUCUGCAGGGAAAUAUUCAAACAGGACGAGCCAUGGAGCGAGAUGCUUUGCUGCUCUCAAGUUUUCCACUGCGAUUGCAUCUCAAUGUGGCUCAAACGUGGCAAGACGUGCCCCUGGUGCCGUUCCUCCUUGCCGCUUGUGCUUCAGUCAGCAAAGGGCGUUAUUCACCGAUCCAACUCAGAGUAUUUUUCAUCUCCCAUUCGACCUGGGUUUGAUAUAUGCUUAGUGGCACUAUGGCAUCUUUUAGAGGAAGUGUCUGUCUGGAGCAAGGAAAAAUUACAUAUUCACGGGUGUGACUGUGGCUGUCUCACACGACGGGUUGAAAUAAUAGUAGUUUAGCAUCAGUUUGUUUCAACUAGGUGGAAAUUAUCAAUUGAAUUUUGAAAAGUGGAUUAAGUUAUUAGAUCUUGAGUGUUUUUCUGUUAAACAGUAUAUCUU